GGCGCAUGUUUUCUCAUGACCAAUCCGGUAACCCACGGUAACCCGUCUUGGACUGCCCACUGUAGACCAGGAAAGAUGUCUCUUUCAACAAACGAAAGCAUCAGCAGCCCAGAAAGUGGUCCCAUCAUUCAGUUGGAUCACUCAACAGUUGACGUACAAGUGCGGAUAUUUUCCUCUUCAAUGGCAUCCCGAGGCGCAAAUCAGCCGAAUACCGCCCCAUUGGCCGCUGACUUGACUAUCCGUUUGCCUCCCGUUCAGCACUCUGGAUCACGGAAUCAUUCGGGGGCUCGCACGCACAUCACAGAAGGAAGUGCGUGGAAAGGCCAGCAGCAGCAGCAGAAUCGGCCUUGCCCCGCUAUUGUCGGAGGAGGAGCGACCCUAAAUCCCGGUUGGCUUCCAACUGAUACUGGAGGUCGCGUGAAUAAUAAUCCAACUAAUUACGCUAACCGACGCAGAAGUCCCAGCCCGUCAGUUAGGAAAUCUCCCGCCAUCGGCCAUCAGACAACUAAUCUGGCAAUGGGCGCUACUCAUCAGCAGCACCGACCCAAUAACGUCUCCUCGGCACGAUCUUCAUAUCACGCAGGGUGUCAGCAUUCGAACCAGUCAAGGAUUCCCGUCUAUCAACUUUCAUCCUCGAUUUCAUCGCCUUCGGCAUCACGCUCCUAUCCACAGCCGCUGGAGCUUCUCAUUCCGGUCGUCCGGACUCCACAUCGAUUUUCCUACCACAAUCCAGCCGUGGCGGCGAUGGCAACAGCAGCAGGCAGGAUGGGAGACGGACCGUUGAGCAGCAAACACGUCACUGAUUACCUGAAAGCCAAUAGGGGAUUCUUGGAACAUCACGUGCUGGAACAUGUCGAUGCCGCCACUUUGGAACGUUGGUACAUGCGCCGGGUCUGGAGAGAAAAGGCCAUCAAGUCGCCAACGGUCGAGAAUCCGUCGGAGGAAAUGUUGAGCAAGAAGAUUAGCAUGUCAAAAUGGAAGUUCUGUAGGCACACUGAUAAGCGCCAAAUGCUGGAAACCCUCAUGAAUUCCUUAUCAACACAGCCGCAACCUGGCAGGAUACUAUGGGAACUAGCGUGUUGCGUUGCUUCGUCGGUAGGAGCCGACGGAUUCAUUCUACAUCUCUCGCAUCCGCAAACGGGAGGAUUCCGCGUCUUUAGAAGCUGCGACAUAGAAGCCGAUAUCGACAAUGGAAUCUUCAACUUGAGAAUGGACCAAGAAUUUGGUGGAUAUGAUAACGAUCAAGAGACAGCUGGACCCGGCGACAAUUUCUACUCUCUGUCAAAGAGUGAGAAUCAUACGGUCGCUUCUUACGUAGCUAAAAAUCGCCACACGAUAACAGUGCGGGAUAUUCGUCGCCCGGAUUCUAGAUUCAAGGACGGAAGUAUCUGUUUAAAAGAAGGAGGCAUUCACAUUCUAGGAGCGCCAGUCGUACAAAAUGAUGGGACCCUGACAGGAGUCAUUGAACUCUACAGACGAUCUACGGAACAUUACAAAUCUUCUCGAGGUCCAUUCGCACAAGAUGACGAAGAAAUCGUUAGUAGUUUUCUAGUUUGGGGCGGGAUCGCUUUGCACUACGCGGACAUGUACCACGCAUUAGCCAAUCAGCGCAAUUUGCAUCAGUUUCUAUUAACCGUCGUUAAAUCCAUUUUCCAGGAUAUGAUUAGCAUGGAUACGGUGAUUGCCAAAGUAAUGACUUUUGCGCAAAAAUUAGUAGACGCCGAUCGGGCAUCUCUUUUUCUUGUCGACCACAAAUCCAACGAACUUUACGCUCGAAUUUUCGAUAUGGGCGACGGAGUAGGUGAUGGACAGACGCCUGCAGCUGCCCAAGAAAUUCGUUUUCCUAUCGGUACUGGCAUUGCCGGCCAAGUAGCCGUCACCGGGAAGGUUUUGAACAUCCCUGACGCUUAUUUGGACCCGAGAUUUAACCGAGCUGUAGACCACCAAACGGGUUAUCAUACGACAUCUAUUCUGUGCAUGCCCAUCUUUAUACAAGGGCAGGUGAUUGGGGUUAUGCAAAUGGUCAACAAGCAUCACGGAACAUUUAGCGCUGAAGACGAAGAAUCGUUUGAACUUUUCGCGGUUUAUUGCGGAUUGGCCCUGCACCACGCCAAGUUGUACGACCGGAUCAGAGUGUCUGAGCAAAAGUACCGCGUCACGCUCGAAGUCCUUUCGUAUCACAAUUGCUGUACAGAGGGCGAAUUCGAAGCGUUGCAGCAACUGGAUGGCAAUGCCGGCGUGACGGAAUCAGAAGAAUCUGAAACUCAGUCGGUUCAACAGCAAGUCACGACGACUGUUGUCGGCUUGGACCAGUUUUGGUUCAGCGCCUUCAGCAUCAACGACAUGGAGAAAGUCCACAACGCCGUCUACAUGUUUGUCGAUUUGUUUGGGUUGAACCAGUUCGAGCGGGACUCUCUCGUCCGUUUUAUGUUGACUGUCCGCAAGAAUUACCGGCGCGUUCCCUACCACAAUUGGACGCACGGCUUCGCUGUCGCCAAUUCCAUGUACGUGAUACUCAAACGGGCGCCGGAUGCUUUCAAGCCGCUGGAAGCUGUGGCUCUUUUCGUAAGCGCUCUCUGUCACGAUCUCGAUCAUCGCGGGAAGAAUAAUAAAUUUAUGCUGGAUACGGCCUCGCCGUUGGCAUCCAUUUACACCACGUCGACGAUGGAGCAUCACCACUUCAAUCAAACUGUAAUCAUUUUACAACAAGAAGGCCACAAUAUUCUGGGCAAACUUAAAAGCGACGAAUUCAAAGAGGUGUUGAGGAAUAUCAAACAUUGCAUUUUGGCCACGGACUUGGCUCUCUUCUUUCCCAAUCGAGCCAAAUUAGCCCAAAUUGUUGAGAAAGAUCAGUUUACCUGGGACAAUAAAGAUCACAGACUUUUGGUUCAAGCCAUAGCCAUGACGGGAUCGGAUUUGUGUGCAUCUUCAAAGCCCUGGGAUAUUCAAUCUGAAACGGUUAAUGUAAUCUUCCAAGAGUUCUACGAACAAGGAGAUGCCGAAAGAAAAGCCGGUCGUGUGCCAAUUCCAAUGAUGGAUCGUACUCAACUGCACUUGCAGCCGGAUUCCCAGGUCGGUUUCAUAUCAGGAAUCUGUAUCCCUUGCUACGGUUUACUCUAUCGAUUGAUUCCGGAGACCAAACCUUUACUGGACGGCUGUCAGAGCAAUUUGGAACGGUGGAAACAACUGGCCAAGGAGAACGAAAAUGUUCAAUUAAACGGUGUUGUAGAGUCUGAUAAUGAUGGAUCGACGUCGGCUAAAGAUCCGAAACACUUGCUUACCCGUGCAAUCUCGCUUCCUAACCGGUCAAAUAACGAUCUCGACUCGCCCGAGUGAGUAUCUUUUGUUUGUUUGUUUGUUUUGCUUUGACACAUUUGUUUCAAGGUGUAUAUCACAAAUUGCCACCGAUUCAUAUGUGAAUUCAUGUCUAUUGAUUUCCCACUGGAUGGAAUGUAUUAAAUUAGUUAAAAAUCUGACCGUCGUGCACGGUAACAAUAAUUGCUUUACAAUCUUGGUUCCAAAAUUUCCAUUUGUUCUAUAUUGUAAGCUAUUUGGGUUUUUUGGGUUUGUUGUGCAAGACCCUUAAAUGUUCAACAUACUGGUCACAAUGGAUUAGUACUCAAAGAUACAAAUAAAUAUGUGAAAAGAA